CUUUCUUCCUUUCUCUGCCCAACUUCCACUUCUCAAUUGCAGCAAAUUAUAGUCAAGUUUUCUUCCUUCAAAUCAAUUUGUUUCUGUCUAAUUGAUCUUUGGAGUCCAUCUCCUUCCUCGGGAGGAAGGCUUAGCUUUGAAGGAUUGAUCUGAAGAUGUUUGCCGGGUAUAUUUCCAAAGUUCUUCUGGUGUUCUUUGGCUACGCUUAUCCAGCUUUCGAAUGCUUCAAGACGUUGGAGCAGAAACAUGGCAACUACACGGUUCAGCUCCGGUUCUGGUGCCAAUACUGGAUCAUCGUGGCGACGCUGACAGCCAUCGAAAUGCUCUUCGAGUGCUUCAUCUCAUUGAUACCCAUGUACGGCGAGGCCAAGCUGGCCUUCUUGGUCUACUUGUGGUACCCCCAAACCAAGGGAACUGAUCUGGUUUACGAGGCCUUCCUGCGCCCGGUGGUGAUGCAGUAUGAGCCCAACAUCGAGGAGAGGUUCAGAAACCUGAGGCCUAAGCUUGGCCAACUCCUCGUCUUCUACCUCAGGAACUUCACAGAGAGAGGCUACACCCUCUUCCAAGAUGUCCUCCGCUACGUCAUCUCCAGCAGAUCGUCCAGUGAGAAGGUUAAAGGUACUUCAUCGAAGAAGAAGAAGAAACAUGAUGAACUGGAGGAAUUGGCAGAAGCCCUGCUUGGCACAGACGCGAAGCAGCACCCAUCUCGACAACGCAAAUGAUGUAUUUAAUUACGUACGGAAUUACCAUCGAUUUGAUUUGGUGAGGAAAAAAGAGAGAAUAAGAUAUAGAUAAAGAUUUGAUGAAAUAGGGGACCUGGAAGAAUGAAUUGACGUUGUGCAAAUCGAACUGCGGCGUGUGCGCGCGCGCGCGCUUUUGAUU